AUGGCGGGCGCGAAGUCACUUGUCUACAGGAGCUCAAUGACCUCCCCGACAAAGGCCCCUUUCAUCUCAGUGCAGAUAUCAACUGGGCAUGGUGGCUUAGAGCAUUUCUGCACAGCCCUAUCGAGGUUGCUUGUGUUUCCCCUCCUUCCCAGCCCGGGUGCUUUUCAGAUACCAUUGGUCCUGUUCAAGCAGGUUGCAAAUGUUCCACAGCACCCACACUUUGACUUCGUCAUGGCGGCAUGGAAGGAUGCAGGGUAUAAGCUUCUUUGGCAAGCUACUCUUGACUUGGUUGAUGUUUUGCCCGGCCACAGGAAUCGUUUCUUGCUGGUGCUGGGCCAUCAAAGCAUGCAGAAACUUACCCCGAUCACAGUCGGUGCAUGGCAUACACAGCGUCGCCUGAACUUAGGCAUGGCCAAAAUACCUAUGCCUUUGCCCCCCAGCUUGAAGCAGGCCAACACACCGGACUCUGCAACUUUAGCCAUGUACAUGGACCCUUAUUACAUGCCAAGUCCCAGGUGCGCAGGCCUCCGCCCGCAACGACCAGAGGUGUUUCGACUCAGGAGGGCCACUGAUGUGGCCACUACUUUCAUGGCGCAGUAUCAGUUCCAGCACCUUUUGCCACCCCACAUUUUGCAAAAAGGGAUUAUGGGUACUUUGAUUCUUCAUGAAGGCAUCGUCCGGUUCUUUUCGGGCCCGGAAAUUGCUGCGGCGCACGGUGCCGUCCGGCCCAUACAUCUGAGUCAAGACCAUAGGGUGCAAAUGAAGCUCCUCGGCAAUUCCAUCGCAGUCCCGCACGCAUUGGUCCCCCUCACGGUUGCGUGUUUGGCUGCACAGUUGCCUCAUGCGCCUGAGCCUGCCCAGGCCAUACAUUGGUGUAUGCAGGCGCGCAUGCACAAUCAAAACACGGUACUGAUACCGUUGGGGGCCGAUUGGGUUUUCUGCCACAGCACUCAGGUCUCUACAGUUCUUGCCUCUCUAGGACCCCGCCUGGCCGCAUUGGUUGAUGAUCCAAUCCCUGAGGCUUUUGUUCGGGUCAGGUCAAGCCUCCCGGACGGCUCUGUCAGUCUUUAUGCACCACCAGACAUCCCGCCUCAGGAGCUUUUCGUUCUUCUGGGCUGUCCAGCAGCCGCUGCACAGCUACCGCCAGAGCUGGCCAACCAUGUGCAGGCCAUGGACAUUCCCUUGCAUUCUGCGCCACAGCUUAACAUAGGGGGUUUCAUUGGAAGUUGCGGGUCCCGGGAUGGGUUGGGGCUUGUCCUCACUGACUGCGGCGUCUUUGCCCUGGAGUUGUUGACGCCAUGCUCCUGGUCUCAGCUGUUGCGUGUUUUCCGUGAAAUCGAGCCCGGGCCGGGCGAGCUGGCAAUUUUCUCGGUGUGCGGGCAACGCUUACACUGCACAGACCAUUUCACGGAUUGUAUGGUUGCGUCGCCGGAGUCAGAGGACUUGCCGAUUCAGUCCCUUGCGGCUUUUGCGCCCCACCUUGCUGCCCUCUCAUUGUCACAGUGCUCCGGAGGGUUGCAGUUUACUGUUCAGGAGGCCGCCGUCAUGGAUUGCUGGCUGUGCAUGCCCUUCCACCUCAUAGGUGCGCUCGGGUGGGACUGCCACCAGACGUUCCCCACCAUGGGCGGGUCUUUCAUCCUACAGGUUGACAUGCAGCCCAAACCACAAGCUUUGCACAUGCCCGUUGACAUCAUGAGAGAUACUUGGCGCAUCUGGUGCUUUGUAGCCCAGCUUGCUUUCUUCAGCAGUACCACUACAUUAAGCCUCGUUUCCCAGUGGUGGCACAAAGCUUCUGAUGUGUGCCAUUUGCUGGCCGGCCACCGCGUCUUCUCUGGUCCGCACGCUCAUGACGAGCGCACCACCCUGGAGGAGAUCAAACAGGAUCCAAAAACCUGUGUGCUGCGCCGUUCUGGCCGUCUCCUCAUCACGAUCCAUCCCGAGGUCAGAGGCGGAGGUGCCAAGACAGAGGCCAGUAAUUGGGCCAAAACCCGUGCGGCUUCCCUUUGCCUGGCCCACGGAGUGGAUUUGUCGGCCACGACCACUUUCGUGGACCAACUUGCUGCCGCUGCGGGCAUUCAACGCCUUUCCAUGACAUUGCAAGAAGGCCCUGCUGACGGGCGCUGGGAGGCUUUGCUUGAACUGGCCAAACGCUCGGAUGUUGCUGCGCCUGCCGUGAAGAAUCUUCAGACAAAGGCCGAGAACCGUGAGCGACAGGCGCAACAGCGCAAGCAGAGGCACAACCGCAUGCACAUUUCUGCGUCUGAGGUGCAAAUCAACCCAGGGUUUUUCCUCAGCGAGGAUGGUUCCAGCACGAACAUCCUUUCCACUAUGCAGCCGGGUGUCUCGGGCAUCAAACUGGUGGAAGAAUCGGAGGCCAUCGGCCUACUACAAGCCCUCCGCGGGGUUCAACCAGACGAGUUGGGAUUGUUGGUCUUAGGCCAUUCUUGCCCUGCCCCGGAUGAGUGCAAUGGCCACUUGACUUUUCCCGCUACUUCAGUAGCAUGUGGCUCCAAGCUGCUUUUGGCAGGAUGCUUGCACAACGUCGGCGGUCGCCGGAUCCGCACACAGGUUGCCGACGGCAUGCGUGUCGAGUUGCCGCAUCAAUGCUGCUGCACCGUUGAUUGUUUUGCGGAUGAGCUUGACCAGGAUACCUGGGGUUCGCUGCUGAAUGCCCCCGUUCGCAGUGCUGUUGAUGCCUUCAAAAAGCAAGGUGUGGAGGCACCUUUCACAGAUCCGUGGGGCCGUUUCUUCAGCCUUGCCAACAAGCCGUCCUUGCCUGCCCUGGCUGAUAGACUGUCGUUCCAGGCCCGCAUCGCGCAGGAUGAAUUGGAUGCCCUGCUUGCCGCCAGCGGCCACAACCAUUUUUACGUGACCCCACGGGCCAUGGACCGCAGCAUACUGACGUCAUACGCCAUCAUUUGGAUUGGCGGUUGCAGAGCUGAGGCCUUGCGUGCCUCGCUUCAGGCGCGCUUCGCAGAGGUCUUUGCACAGCUGCGGCUAGGCCAAAUGGUACCUACGAAAGUCCAGGUCUCCAAAAUGUUUCGCCUGGGCCCGUUGCCGCCUGAAGCUGGAGCCACAGAGAUUGUUACCUGGGCAGGAAAAGCAGCGUGGAACGUAAAGGUGAUUAAAAGCCUGGGAGCUCGACAUUGGCUCUUGGGUGCCGCACAGGAACCCCCAGCUGCCUUUACUUCGUUCAACGGUCAGGCUGUGCUCAUUGAGCCACUCAACCGCCGUGAAACGGCACUGCCAGUCGUGCAAGCAGGAACAAGGCUUGCCGUGCAAACCACUCGAACAGUUUCGCGAGCGGUGUUGGAAGAGGGCCUCGAGGCCCUUCGUGUGUGCCAGGAAACCAACCACCAGGAAUUGCUCCACCAACAGUCUGCUGACAGAGAGCGUGCAGCCUCCACCAGCCUCCAAAUCCAGGAACAGAUGAGUCUCAUGAGUGCCGAAUUCUCCAAGCAGCUGCGCCUUUCCACAGAGUCUCUUCAAGGCUCGCAAAUGCAACAACAAACACAGAUGCAGAGUAGCUUGGACGAGCUGAAGUGCUUGAUGCUGUCCUGCCGUGAGACCAGAGAUGGGGCCAAGAAGGCCAAAACACAACCCGAUAGUGAUCUUUGA